AUGGGUUGCUUCAGUUGCUUCGACGGAACUCAAAAGCAACAACGCAAGGAAGAAGAGAGACAAGCUUCCGCCGAAGCUCGUGCCAGAGCCGCCGAAGCUGCCAUGCGACGAGAAGAAGAGUUUAAGAAAUCUGCAGCUGGAAGAGCUGCUCAAGCUCAAAUACAGCAAAUGGCUAAACAAAAAGCUAAUAGUAAUACUAACAAAGGAGAACCUGUUCUUAAGUGGCAAAUGUCGUAG